CCCUGGUGAGGACGAAGCGCCAUAGCCACGGUAGCCCUGGCGACAAGAACCCAGCAACGAGAAUCAACAACAACAACUGAAUCGCCAUAAAAAUAAAAGAAGACAUUUUACCGGUGGGGAAAUACACACGUGGAACGAGAGGGUGAUUCCCAGCUCUUGUAAUGGCCACCUCAGGCUACAUAGGUGAGAUCCAGCCGGCAGCCCAAUCCCAGGGGCCUGGUAUUACUGUCACACCGGGGCAACCUGACGCCAGCUCCACCCCUGCAACUGCCCCUCAGUUUCUGGCUGAGAUUCAGACUGCUGUGGCUACUCCUACUGUUGUCACAGCCACAGGCCAAACUACUCCCACUGAACAAGAAACUUCCAUCGCCACUCAGAAGCCUGCCGCUAGUAGUCAAGCUCAGUCCACGGCACAGGCCCAGUCGUCUCAGACUCAGUAUGUGACUGCAGAAAUCCAGGGCUCCCCAACACAGUCUGGAAAUGCUCAAUGCACCCCUCAGUACAUCGUUGUUACAGUCACAGAGGGCUCCCUCCACUCAAGUGACAGUGUGUCGGACUCUAGUCCCCCUCCAGCUGUGGUGCAGACAGGAGUUCCCACACACGUUGUUCAGCAGGUACAGACGGCUCAACAGAGGUCCGUGGUGCAGGCCACCUCUCAGAUAGCCAAGACUGAGCCAGGAACCCAGCUCAGUGUCACCAGUCUACAGCCUGUUCAUAUCAGCGCGGAGGUCCAGCAGCAGCUCACACCAGUGCCAGUCCAACAUGUUUACACCAAUCAAGUGCAGUAUGUGGAAGGAGGAGACACCAACUACACCACCAGCACAAUUCGCUCCAGCACCUUUUCUUACACUGACACGCCCCUGUACACCCAGACCACAUCCGCCCAGUAUUAUGAAGGUCAGCCAACUUCGGGCUCGCAGGCCUCUACCCCUGGUACUCCUCUAACCGUCUCUGUGACUGCUGGAACCACAGGGGGUGUGUCCAUGUUUGUGGCCCAGCCCACCAGUGCAGCAGGGGGAGGGGCCACAGUGGUGACCACAGGUGGCACCACCAACGGGGCAGGGGAUGGGGCAGGCACCAAUGGUGGCACAGCAGGCAGCUAUGUGAUCCAGGGGGGUUACAUGCUGGGCAGCACCAGCGGAGGGGCGGCUGGCAACAGUCAGAACUACUCACACACCGCCCGCGCCUCCCCAGCCACUGUGAGUAUUACAGAGGGCGAGGAGGGUAGCGUGCCGUCGGCAGACAAGAAGGUACAGUGGUUGCUGGACAACUAUGAGACAGCUGAAGGAGUGAGUCUGCCACGUUCCACCCUCUACUGCCACUAUCUCCUGCACUGCCAGGAGCAAAAGCUGGAGCCUGUUAAUGCUGCCUCUUUCGGGAAACUCAUCAGAUCUGUGUUCAUGGGGCUGCGAACACGACGCCUGGGCACAAGGGGAAAUUCGAAAUACCACUACUAUGGGCUGAGGAUCAAGGCGGGUUCAUCUCUUCUCCGUCUGAUGGAGGACCAGCAACAUCUGGCCAUGAGGCAGCAGCCCUUCUCACAGAAACAGAGGUUGAAACCUGUGCAUAAAGUUGAAGGAAUGACCAACGGCACAGCAGGAGCAGCAGGCCAGCAGCAGCAGCAGGGGUCAGGGCACGUGGACAUCAGUACCCAGGUUCAGCAGUACCAGCAGUUCCUAGAUGCGUCCAGAGCUCUGCCAGAGUUCGCUGACAUCGACCUCCAGGGGAAGCCUCUGCCAGAGGGCAUCGAACUGGAGCACAUAAAGAGCUUUCAGCUGUUGUACAGAGAACACUGUGAGGCCAUACUGGACGUGAUGGUCAACCUGCAGUUUACCCUGGUGGAGACACUAUGGAAGACCUUCUGGAGGUUCAGCCAGAACCAGGCUGGAGAUGCCACAUUGGCUGUUCACGACGAGUCAGAGAAGCGCCUCCCUAAGUCCUGCCUGGUUUUGCUUUGCAAGUAUGAGCCAGUGCUGCGCUGGAGCCGUGACUGUGACAACAGCCUGUACCAGGCCCUGGUGGAGAUCCUCAUCCCUGAUGUGCUCAGGCCCAUUCCCAGUGCCUUAACUCAAGCAAUCCGCAACUUUGCCAAGAGCCUGGAGAGCUGGCUGACCAAUGCCAUGAUGAACAUCCCAGAGGAAAUGGUCCGCAUCAAGGUAACGUCAGCCAAUGCAUUUGCCCAGACACUGCGUCGCUACACCAGUCUGAACCACCUCGCCCAGGCGGCCCGCGCUGUCCUCCAGAACACGGCUCAGAUCAGCCAGAUGCUCUCCGACCUAAACCGCGUCGACUUUGCUAAUGUCCAGGAGCAGGCCUCGUGGGUGUGCCGGUGUGAAGACCGUGUUGUCCAGCGGUUGGAGCAGGAUUUCAAGCUGACCCUUCAGCAGCAGAACUCCCUGGAGCAGUGGGCUGCAUGGCUGGACGGCGUGGUGUCCCAGGUCCUGAAGCCCUACCAGCAAAGCCCUGCCUUCCCUAAGGCAGCAAAGCUCUUCCUGCUCAAGUGGUCCUUUUACAGUUCCAUGGUGAUCAGGGACUUGACCCUGCGGAGUGCAGCCAGUUUUGGCUCCUUUCACCUGAUCCGCCUGCUGUAUGAUGAGUACAUGUACUACCUGAUAGAGCAUAGAGUGGCCCAGGCCAAGGGAGAGACACCCAUUGCUGUCAUGGGAGAGUUUGCCAGUUUAGGCCGGAGUCUAAGCCAGCUGGAUCCUGACAAAGAAGAGGAAGAGGAGGAGGAAGAGGAGAGUGAUGAGGAGGGCCAGGAGCUGUCCCUCCCUUCAGAUGGGGCCAUGCUGGGAGAGGAGUCUUUGGAGCCGCCUGCCAAGCUGGCCAGAAUGGACCAGAGAGUCCUCUUCACCACCGGAUCAGCUGACAACUAACCGCAGAGUAACACCGCUAGACGUGUUUUGAUUAUAUUGAUCAUACACACAAAUAUAUGUACAAAGAACACUAAUUUAUACACUUGACAAAUAUAUGUAUAUAGAUCUUGUAAAUGGGUGUGCACACACACUACAUACUGUAACUGUUCCACUAGUUUACACACACGAACACACACACACAUACAGUACAUAAUCCAACAACACUUGUUCAGUAAAUGCUGCUGCCUGAAUGGCACAACUACCUGUUGGCACCAUUGAUUCAACACAAAAUCAUUGACAUUGCAAUAGGAUCUGUUUUCAAAAAACCACACUCUCAAUGCAAAGAGAAACGCUGAGGAAAGAUUUCAACCCUCAGUUGUAUGGAUUUGUAAAAAUGAACUUAAGCCAGGCACGUGUUGUUGUUUUGUUUUGCUUUGUUUUUUCUCAUUACAUUGCAACGUGUAGCCUCGCUGAGAAACGUCUGCUCACUCUAGAUCCUCCUGAACCUGUCACUGCCGUAUCGAAGUGAUCUUGAAAAUACUGUGAUGUGUGUGUGUAAACGUAAAUUCAUCAGGGGGUGGGGGGCUUUCAUAGUAAGUGGUUGCAGAAAUGUUUUUUUUUCUCCUUAUUUAUUCAGAAGGGAAAACACAUUUGUAAAAGACAGCAUGUAUUUUGGAUUGUGUGUGCGUGUGCGCGCGUGUGUGUUAGUUAAAGUGUCUGUCUGGUUGUGUGAUUGUGAGUCUUGCCAAGUGUGUCUGAUUUCCUCUGUAGAUAUUUUCCGGGACAUCCAAAUGUUCUUGAUUUCCGUUUUUAUUUUACCGCCUGUAAAGAAAACGUGGUCGUGCUCUCGGAGUGCCUGUCGCAGCUGCUACACACACUUGUAAAGAUAAAGCUACAGCUGCGGAUUAGGUGGCUCUCAUUAGUUGCUGCAAAAAAAUCCUUUCUCUUCUAUCUAACAUCUAGUUCCAAGAGAGAGGUACUGUAUGUGUCAUAUAUUUUAAGUGCUUCAUUCCUGUCCAUCCAGUAAUUUUACUGUGUUGCCUCAUUAUUCCUUUGAAAUAUCAUUUUCUUGCCUUAUUUCAGUACAUUUUUUCCACGUGUGUGCCAAACCUGUUACCUUUGAUCCUCGACCCCUGUCAUUUAUACAUUUUUCUCUGUAUGUUUUGAGGAGGACUGUGCCUGAGUAAGAACGGCGAUAAACUUAUAUUCUACUGUAUAUUUAUCCACUAUUUUUGAUUUAUGUUGUCACUAAGUGAACCUCUCGUGCCGUGUAUGGUGCUGUGUUGUCACACAUUGUAAUCAAACCUCUGUGUGCAUUAUUGAUUUGUGGUUGUACGCUCAGUUAUCAAUCCUCUUUUGUACCUUUUUGACUUUCCCACAAAGCCUGCCUCUUUGCACACAUUGACUGUUGUCUUUAACGCUCCGAGAGAGUGAAUCUGAUGGGUUUUUUUCUCCUUUUCUUUUAAGUGGUUUAUUUUUUGAUUGGUUAGUGUGCAGGUGUCAGCUUUCACAGCACACUCAGUGUGGUUCAGAGAUGUCGGUGCGAGGUGAAAUAUCUGCUGGCUCUUUCUGCAGUUUCUCCGGAGACUCGACUCCCUCGUGCGUCUCACUCUCUCUCAGUUGCGCGCUCCUGCCAAUGGCUUUGUUUUGCUUCAAACAUCCAUAUUCUUAAACACUGUUCAUCGAGAUUGCUUGUUGCAAACAUGUCUCUUUUUGGGGGGGGGGGGGGAUUUGAAAUACACACUCUUUUAAAUAGCUGCGGUGCACGUCAUGGCCAGCCUCAAACCAGCACAUCAUCCUUAUGGAGUCUGACACUACCACCGCUAAGAACAUAUCACUCCAGUCUUUCUAAUGUCCCACAGCGUCAAGGAUGGCCAUUGUUUACCCAGUGAGAAAAAUGUUCAGUCAGUCAUUUAUUUAUUUUUUCUUUCUUAUGUACAAAACAAAUUGAGAAAAAAAAAAAAUGUUCAGUGGCAGUGUUUUAUGAAUUUGGUCUGCUCUAAGUAUGACUGUGCCUUUGGAGGUGGUAGAAUGCAAUUCAGAUGUUUUUAAUUUUAAAGAUAUAAAUUAAAGAAUUUUUAAAAUUGCA